AUUUAGAUUUCGUGCAAUUAGUAACAGCACUGCAUGGAAUUUUCUAUCUAGUUGUAGUUCUUUAAAGAUUACUCCACAAGGAUUCUUUGUAGAAUGAUAUGAUGUAUCGGCUAUUGAAUUAUUCUACUGGGAUAUGUAUUUUAAAAAGCCAACACAUUGUAUUCCAUUUAACUGGCCAUAAUAUACCCCAUCCGGUUUAUUUGGCCACCAAAGUCACCCACAAGAGCAUCAGUAUUCAUGCUGGAAGUGCCAACACUGAUCGUAUUGUCUAGCAAAUUGAUGGAAAUAAUAUUGUUUGAUUUCACUUGAGCAAUUUUGCUGAAAAGGUGUUGCGGAAAGGAGUGCUUUGGGAGGAUUCUUUUGUAUCCACGACGAGCAUCGCGCAAUUAUUCCCCUCACACAUACUGCCACAGAGAAUCUUUCAUAUACUAUUGAAGAAUAUUCUAACAUUAUUGAAAAAGCUCUCUCUCUGCGUAGUGUUCUGUGUGCGCUCUCAAAAUUUUGACCAACAUUAUUCGCGGGAUGAUGCGAUAGUGUCGUUUCUCUUCGUGGAGUGUUCAGAAGCAGAACAGCAUCCGAGUCUUCAUCUCUUUUAGUUCGUCUUUUAUUAACCCAAAGUUACUUUUGGAAAAUUUUCCCUCUACAACAAAAUAGAGUUAUUUCUAUUGAAAACGCGAGUGAAAUCAGGAAGUUUUUUCUCUCUCAAAUAAAUCCUUUCUUGCAAAGGAUUUAAUUUGUAUUCCUAUUGUGCGUGUGAGGAAAUUUUAAGUGAUUUUUUUUUCUACAUAAUUUACUUCUCUCAGGGAGAGAAAAAUCGCAUUUUCCAUUUAGAGGAAUUAUGGCGGCAAUUCGACAAAUUUUCCUUGUCAGUGUCUUCACUGUUAUUUGCUUUGCAAAAUUAGGAUCGGCAAUCCGUUGCUAUGAGUGCAAUAGUCACACAGAUGUACGCUGUUCCCAAGACAUCCCUCCGGAUGAGCUAUCUAUCGAAUGUGGCGAUCACAAACACGGAGUCGCCUAUACUUUCUGCAGAAAAAUUACUCAAGUUAUCGAAUUCUCCGUGAACAAUUUACCUCCGGAUAGUCGCGUUAUUCGUGGAUGUGGAUGGGAUUCUUCAUCAUAUAAGGAUAAAUGCUACCAAAGGUCCGGCUUUGGAGGUCGCUUGGAAGUCUGUGCAUGUUCAUCAGAUAACUGCAACGGAGCUCUCUCCAUGAGAAAUAUUAGUGCAGCUUUUGGGCUCAUGUUGGUCGCUCUUGGUUCAUUAAUUUCUCGAUGGUAAAUUAUUUUGGAAGCAGAACCAGAAAAAAAACACCUUUUAUUUUUGAGAUAUCCACUUGAGAUGCCAAUAUGAUUUUCGCAGUGGCAGUCGAGUAAUUUUAGGAAUAUCUAGCGUUAAAAUAGUGAAUAAACUUGCGACAUAUUCUCUGCCACAACUUCAAUGUUUUCAAAAUAGGAUUUGUAGAUUGAAAAGACCAAAAGGUUAUCAUAUUCGUCUCAUGUUUUUUUUUGGUUGAUAUUUCAUUAAUACACACACAUUCUUGGAGGAAAAUAUUUAUAAUAAAUAACCAUUCUAUAGAGAAGUAUAUAGAGGUAUAGUGAAUCGUUCUCCCUUUAUCUUCGUACUAAAUAUUAAAUUUAAAAGAAAAAAAAUAAUAGAUGCGUUGUAUAUAUUGAGAGUCUUAAAUUUAAAAUAUUUGUGCCUGUUUUUUGUGAAUUAUAUAUGGAAUCGUCCUAUGCUUUAAAUAUUAGAGAGAGAGAGAGAGAAUAAAAAGAAAAGUUGUACAAUUGUAAAGCUCGCUAUCACAGUAAAAAAUCCUCUUUAUAAUUUUCUUUGAGUUUUCUGAUAUUUAAGAAAAAAAAUAGUAUAUUAUUAUAUCUUUAAUGGGAAAAAUCGUUUAUCAACUGCCAUUCUUUCGAGUUUAUAGAAGGAGACAGAAAAAAAAUUAAUUAUACGAAGAGAAAUAAAAUAAAAGGAGUUUAAUAAAAAUUCUGAAGAUUCGAGAAAAAAA